AUGGCUGUCUUCAAUAAGAUCCUUAUUAUUGGUGCAAGUGGAAGUCUUGGAAAAGUAGUUACUUGUACUGCUUUGUCACGUCAUCUAGAUAUCACCCUUUUUGUUAGACACAAAAAUCGUCUUGGAAAUACUGGAAAUGCAAAGAUAAUUGUAGGUGAUGCAACUAAUUUAUCGGCUGUAGAAAAUGCUGUUAAAGGAAUGGAUGUCGUAUAUAUCAAUUUAGCAGGUGAUUUAGAAAAAAUGGGUAAAAUUAUUGUGAAGGCAAUGAAGAAUCAGGGUGUUAAGCGUGUUGUUGCAAUUAGUUCGAUUGGUAUCUAUGAUGACCCUGUUCCAUCAAUAUUAGUUCCAUAUCGCGGAUUAGCAGAUAUUAUUGAAUCAAGUGGACUUGAUUAUACAAUUCUUAGGCUGAAUUGGUUCACUAGUUCUAAUGAAAUAGAUUAUAUUCUCACUCCGAAAGAUCAACCGGAAAGAGGAACAUCUGUUUCUAGAAAGAGUAUUGCUGAUUUUAUAGUUAAGAUAUUUGAAAACCCAUGUGAUUAUGUUAAUGAAAAUCUAAAUAUUGCUAAGCCGUACUAA